GCGGGCUGCUGUUCUGUUUAGAGAAAAGUUUGCCGGUGAGUUUGACAAGUUUGCGGACUGGUUGGUGGAAGCGCAGCAGCGUUUCCUCGUAGCAGUUUCUGAAGUCGCUCUUCAGAAAAGCUUUUUUAUUGAAGGUUUCCGGGUCUCGUUAUUUAGCAUAAAUGCCGAGUUCUUCGUCGACAGCUCCGGGGUUCGCUGCCUUCUGUGUUCCUUGCUAGGCAAUGGACAGGCAGCAGAUCCAGGUGAGCGACGAAGAGCGUGAAGUGGCACGAGAAGAUAGCCGCAGGAGGAGGAGAAAGAAAGCUAUCACCUCUUGCUGCUCCACCUCCAUGGAUCAGAUCAACGUUGAGUUUGUGCUGCCCACCGUGGCGCGGGGUGGGAGCAGCCCCGACUCUCUGCAGCUGGAAGUGGCUGGAAACUGGACUGUGGAACAGGUGAAAGCCCAAGUUUGGAUGAAGGCAGUGUCUUUAAAUUUCUGUCCUGACUUCUAUCAGCGCUUCUCUCCUGACCACUGCAUCCUGCUCUAUCAGAAGAAAGGCACUGUUUGUGAGAUCUAUGACAAGCACCAGGUCUUCCAAACACUGGACUGCAUUCGCUACUGGAGAGCUCUAAAGAAAGAUGUGGGUCGAAUCCAGCUAGUGCCCCGUCCGCAACCCUCAGAUGAUUCCCAGCAGUACCAGCGUUACCUGAACUACCUGAUUGGCUACGAUGUGACUGAUGUCAGUAACGUCCAUGACGACGAGCUGGAAUUUACUCGCAGAAAGCUGCUGACUCCGCGACGCAUCGAGUUAUCAGACCGAGACCCAAAACUUUACUCCAUGGACCCCUGGGUCACCAGGAAGCCACUGCCUGAGCACCUUCUCUCCAAGGAUAAUAAUGGUUACAUCCUGGUCGUGAUCCAUGUCAGCACUUCCAGCCAAACCAUCAAAGUCUCCAUUGAGGAUACGCCUUCACAGGUACUGGCGAGCUUCUUUGCAAAAACAGCCAAUAAAAGGGUUUUGUUGGGAAUCCCUGAAAACAUGAGCGAGGAGGACUUUGUUCUGCGUGUGUGUGGCAGAGAGGAGUAUUUGUAUGGAGAGAAAGCUCUGGAAAGCUUUAACUGGAUCCGCCAGUCCCUUAAGAACGGAGAGGAGAUCCACCUGGUGCUGGAGACUCCGCCCAAUCCUGAGCUGGAUCUGGUCCAGAGGGAGGACUGGGCCCAAGUGGAUGAUUGCACAGGAGUUACAGGUACCCACGAACAGUUGACCAUUGAUGAGAAAGACCAUGAGCGGGUGUUCACCAUCUCCAUGUGGGACUGUAACAGGAAAUUCAGAGUGAAAGUGCUUGGAAUUGACAUCCCGGCGCUCCCCAAAGUUCCAGAGUUGACGGUCUUUGUUGAGGCCAGCAUCUUCCAUGGGCAACAACUUCUAGCACAGGAAAGAACUACUUCCAAAACGUUUAAUGAAGAAGUGCUGUGGAACUGCUGGCUGGAGUUUAACAUAAAGAUCAAGGACCUACCUAAAGGGGCACGCCUCAACCUGCAGGUGAUCUGUGGGAAGCAACCCCAAACACCCAACUCCAAAGGAGGCUCCUAUCAUGAUAAUACAGCAGGAACCGGCUGCCUUGAAGCAAAGACCAAGAACCGCCUCCUGUACUACGUCAACCUGCUCCUGAUCGACCACCGCUCCCUCCUCCGCCAAGGCGAGUUUAUCCUCCAUAUGUGGAAGAUGCCCGAGAAGAGCGAGGAGAGCAGCAGCAGCAUCAACGCGGACAAGCUCACCUCCGCCACGAACCCGGACAAGGCGUCCUCCAUGGCCAUUGCCAUUUUGUUGGACAAGUAUUGCUACCCGGUGGUGCUGCCCAAGAGCAGGGAAGUGGGCCGGGACUGUGGAGUUGGGAACGACGAGGGUGACGCAGGGGAGAGAGGUCAGAGAGAGAUGCCCAACCACCUAAAAAAGCAGUUUGAGGCAAUUCUGUCUACUGAUCCUUUACAUCCGCUGAGUCCAGAGGACAAAGAACUGCUGUGGCACUUCAGAUAUGAGUGCAUGCGUGAUCCCAGAGCUUACCCAAAGCUGCUGGGCUCAGUCAGAUGGGGGAAACAGGAAGACGUCCUGGCAACUCAUCGUCUGUUGGACCGUAGCUAUGCAUGGGACACCAGUGGUCUGGAUGUUGGUCUGGCAAUGCAGUUGCUAGACUGCCACUACUCAGAUGCCCAGGUUCGUUCAAUGGCAGUCCGGAAGCUGGAGACACUGGAGGAUGAUGACGUGCUUAGAUAUCUUCUCCAGCUUGUCCAGGCGGUGAAGUUUGAGCCCUACCACGACAGUGCCCUGGUUAGGUUCCUGCUGAAGAGAGCUUUAAGGAGUAAACGUAUCGGUCAUUUUCUCUUCUGGUUCUUGCGGAGCGAGAUUGCCCAGUCCAUGCACUACCAGCAGAGGUAUGCAGUGUUGCUGGAGGCCUACCUCAGAGGCUGUGGGGAGAACAUGCUUCAGGACUUCAGAAAGCAGGUGGAGAUGACUGAGGCCCUUCAGAAGGUCACGCGUGAGAUUAAAGCAAUGUAUGCCGACAAAUAUGACAUCACAGCACAAGUUGUGUUUCAGCUGCGUCAGAAACUGGAGACCCUGCAGUCAUCUGGCCUGCCAGAAAGUUUCCGAGUCCCUUAUGAUCCAGGACUAAGAGCUGGAGCUCUGCUGAUCGAGCAGUGCAAGGUGAUGGCGUCCAAGAAGAAGCCGCUGUGGCUGCAGUUCAAAAGGGCUGACCCGACCACGCUGUCCAAAGACCCCAUAGGCAUUAUUUUCAAGGAUGGAGAUGACCUCAGACAGGACAUGCUCAUCCUGCAGAUUCUGCUCAUCAUGGAGUCGAUCUGGGAGACAGAGUCUCUGGACCUGUGCCUCUUACCGUAUGGCUGCAUCUCCACCGGCAACAGGAUAGGAAUGAUUGAGAUUGUCAAGGAUGCCACCACUAUCGCUAACAUCCAGCAGAGUGUCGUUGGAAGCACUGGGGCGUUUAAGGACGAAAUCCUGUAUCAGUGGCUGCGGGACAAGUGUGUCAGCGAAGACAAGUUCCAUCAGGCUGUGAAGAGGUUUCUGUAUUCCUGUGGUGGAUACUGCGUGGCCACCUACGUCCUUGGGAUCGGAGAUCGUCACAAUGACAACAUUAUGAUCACAGAAUCGGGGAAUCUAUUUCACAUCGACUUUGGUCACAUCCUGGGGAAUUAUAAAAGUUUCAUGGGAAUCAGCAAAGAGUGGGUUCCGUUCGUGCUCACACCGGACUUCCUGUAUGUCAUGGGAACAUCGGGAAAGAAAAGCAGCCCACACUUCCAGAACUUCCAGGAUGUAUGCGUGAAGGCUUACCUCGCUCUUCGGCACCACACCAACCUGCUCAUCAUUCUUUUUUCAAUGAUGCUGAUGACUGGUAUGCCGCAGCUGACCAGCAAGGAGGACAUCGAGUACAUCCGUGAGGCACUGACUGUUGGCCGCAGCGAGGACGAGGCACAGCGCCACCUGCUGGACCAGAUCGAGAUCUGCCGGGAGAAAGGCUGGAUGGUUCAGAUCAACUGGUUCGUUCAUCUGGUCCUUGGGAUCAAACAGGGCGUGGAGAAACGGUCCACAUAGGACACUGUUGGCCCUCAUCAUUUCCAUUGCCUGGAGGCUCUGCAGCUACAAUGUUUUUUUGUGUGUUUUAGAAUUUUUCUAUUUUUUUAUUAUUCGCUGAAAUAAAAGGUAAUUAAUUUUGUUCUUAAUCAAAGCAGAAAGUAAGAGUGACUGUUUUUAUCGCACUUUACAGACCAAGUCGAGACAUUCCCACAAAUACAACAUUCCUAAGCUUUUUUCUUUUUUAAACCAACUUCAUUAUGGCAAUCAGAUUAAUAGUAAGUACAGCUUUCACUAGAUCUGUAAUUUUCAUUUGCAUUUUUUUAAGAAAGAAUGUAAUUGACACUCUCCUUUUCUCUCCAAAAUGCAUGUCAGCUGUAUCUACCAUUAUGCUUUUUGGUUCUGAACUCAUUCUCAGGAACAUCAGUCUCAGCGGCAGACGAUACCAUUCCCAUUCAGGUCUGAGGUUCAGGGUAGAAUAUUAUAAUAAAGCUUUGUGAUGUUUUUUUUGCCUACCUGCAGGACUGCUGCUGCUGUGCAAAGCAGCUGAAAGUAAACCUAGGAAGUGCACCAUAUCUAUUAUAAGUCAUCUAUAGGUUGCAAAUUUGUUAGUUUCCAGUUGUACAAUGGGAAUAGCUUGUAUUGUUUACUAGUUUCAACAUUUAAACUGAAGCAAGGAAAGAAACUUUAUAAUGAUCCAAAGAAACAGCAGAAUUCGACAAAAACUAUUAUUCUUAGAUUGUUCAUAGCGACUACAGUCUAAAACAUAAGUAAAACUAAUGCAAAGUGUCGGUAAAAUAUAUUUUGCCGACACUGAAUUCUAAUUUCACAACAUAUGUGAAUAAAGGCAAAAAUCUUACACAUUAAUUCAGGGAAGACAAAUUUGAUUGUAUCACAACAGCUAUCCCUUAAAACACGAUUUCCCUCCAAACUGUGUGUUUACUACAAACUCCUGCUAGUUAAAGGUAAAUGAUUUGAUGUUUGAGACUUUGGCUUCUGUUUACUAAUAUAUACAAGAUUAUUGGAUGCUCCUGGUUAGAGAAAGAAUUUCUGUUACAUCACUGUUUAACUGUUUUUGCACUCUGAUAACACUCCUGUUUUAUUGUUAUGCUACUGGUGUCAUUGCUACAUUUGCCUGGUCUGCAAUCUGUAAUCAUCAGUGCUGGAUCCUCCAUAUUUAGGAUGACAAAUAAAGGUUGUAUUAGGAUUUGAUCUGAAAA